AUGGAUGCCUUGGUUUCUGGUUUCAACGUUUUUGAGACAAAAGAAGCAGGCCCACUAAUUCUAGCAUGGGCAGUUUUUCUUUGUCUCAUUUCAUCUCUUCCAGAAAAAGAGGAAAAUGCCGUGCUAAUGGAGAUUGAUCAUGUUAAUUACGUUCGUCAAGCAUUUGAGGCAGCAUCCUUAAGUUAUUUUCUUGAAAUUCUUCAAAGUAAUGUGUUGAAGGAUUCAGAUGUACCUAUUGCUGGUUAUCGAAGUGUCAUGAGGACAUUUAUAUCAGCCUUUAUUGCAUCGUAUGAGAUCAGUAUUCAGGCAAUUGCGAAUCACUUUGUAUUCAGUUCUGGGAUAGGGAUAGUAUCAUUGAUGGGCCUAUCCGGUGUCUUCUUUGCAACUUGGAGGGUGAAUUUCCAUUUAGGACUGUGGAACUUGUGCGCUUAUUAUCAGCCCUCUGUGAAGGAACUUGGCCCGCGGAAUGUGUGUAUGUAG